CGGGCGCCCGCGGCCAGGACCCCGCCUCGCGCCCGCCCGCCCGGGCCGCGCCCCCCGCCCAGGCCGCGCCGCGCCCGCCCCCAGAGGCCGCUGGCUACUCCCACCGGCCGCCGCCGCCGCUCCUGUCCUGAGUGCCGCCCCGCGCCCCGCCAUUGUCCCCGCCGCGCCGCCAGCUGCGCCCGGCCGCCGACCGGGAGGCGGGGGCCGCGCAUGGGUGGGCGCCGUUGAUGCCGCCACCGCCGCCGCGCCGCCCUCCGAGGCUGCGUCCCGGGAAGCCCGGCCCCCCGCGCCCCCCGGCCUGGCCCGGCGCCCCGGACCUGAGCGCGCCCCCAUGGAGGCGCCCGGGCUGGCCAAGGCGGCCGCGGCGGACGCCGACUCCCGAGAGAGCUCGGGGGAGACCCCCGACGGCGCGCCCGCGCACUUCCCCGGCCCCGGGGCGCCCUCGCCGGAGCCGCCCGCCUACCGCUCGCAGGACUUCGACACGCUGGCCACCGUGGGUACAGGGACGUUCGGCCGCGUGCAGCUGGUGCGCGAGAAGAAGAGCACCCGCUUCUUCGCCCUGAAGGUGAUGCGCAUCCCGGAUGUCAUCCGCCUGAAGCAGGAACAGCACGUGCACAACGAGAAGUCCGUGCUGAAGGAAGUCAGCCACGCCUUCCUGGUCAAGCUGUUCUGGACGGGGCACGAUGACCGCUUCCUGUACAUGCUGAUGGAGUUCGUGCCGGGUGGUGAGCUCUUCAGCUACCUGCGCAACCAGGGCCGCUUCUCCAGCUCCACCGGGCUCUUCUACUCCGCGGAGAUCGUCUGUGCGAUCGAGUACCUGCACUCCAAGGAGAUCGUCUACAGGGACCUGAAGCCGGAGAACAUCCUGCUGGAUAGAGACGGUCACAUCAAGCUCACUGACUUCGGGUUCGCCAAGAAACUGGUGGACAAGACGUGGACCCUUUGCGGGACCCCCGAGUACCUGGCCCCCGAAGUCAUCCAGAGCAAGGGCCACGGGAGAGCCGUGGAUUGGUGGGCCCUCGGCAUCCUGAUAUUUGAGAUGCUCUCGGGGUUUCCUCCGUUUUUUGAUGACAACGCAUUUGGCAUUUACCAAAAAAUUCUUGCAGGCAAGAUAGAUUUCCCCAGACAUUUGGACUUCAGUGUCAAAGACCUCAUUAAGAAAUUGCUUGUUGUCGACAGAACAAGGAGAUUGGGAAACAUGAAGAACGGAGCAGAAGACGUGAAACGGCAUCGGUGGUUCUGGACCACAGACUGGGAGGCUGUCCCAGAAAGGAAACUGAAGCCUCCCAUCGUGCCCAAAGUGUGCAGCGAGGGCGACACCUCCAACUUCGAAGCUUACCCCGAGAACGACUGGAGCGUAGCCCCUCCCGUGUCACAGAAAGAUCUGGAAGUCUUCAAGAACUUCUGAGCGUGGGCUCCCCACCUGGAAGCAACAGGGUGAUUUGAGCCUGCUCGGGACAGAUGGCUGCCCCCAGGCAGACCUGAAGAAGCAUCUUCUUAAUGGGAUAAGGACUUUUCCACAUUUAUAUACACCCGGAUGUAUAUAAAGAGAUUGCAGAGCCAUUGACGUUUGUGGACCUAGAAUUAUUUAAGCAACUGGAAAUCGACUGCACAGUAGGACAUUUUGAAAAAUUGUUUGGUUGUAGAUUUUACCUUCUUUUUAGGCUUGUGUUCCUACUGGGAUAUCCUGGGGGUUUUUUUCUCGUAGACUUUAUAAGUUUGAGCUGAACUUGUUCAGAUACAACCACAGAUUGUGUGUUUGUGUUUGUGCCUGUGCGUGUGUGUGUGUGUAUAAAAAGGACGGUGUGCCUGGAGCAGGGAAAUUGUGCAGUGAAGUAAAUGUUCCUACUUUCCAGAGCCUAUGGUGUUUAUGUUUCCGAUUUUUUUUUCCAAGAAUCUAUUCUCUUGGGGACAAAUUUUAAAAGUAUGACAUGUGCAUUUUUUAUCAUCUCAUAUGCAUUUUAUGGUUAUAUGUGAAGAAGAUAUCAUACGACGGUCUAUAUCCAAUGUCUUCAAUGCUUUGUGUCUGGUAGCCUUGGGUCAUGAAUCCAGGAUGACAGGGAAGGAGAUGUGGGUUUGAACUUCAGUGCAAGACUAGCCAUUGACCAUGAAUGUUAUUCAAGGAAUUUUCUCUAUUGCAUUAAAAAAUUUCAUACUCUG